AUGACUUCGUUUGUAUCCAAGCUCGUGCUCAAGAAGAUUCUCGGAGAAUCGCGUCAGAACAAAUAUGGUCAAGAGGAUCCCUACUUCGAGACAGUGCCAGCCUCCAGGCUGAAAGGUCGACCGAGCAAGAAGACAAAGCGACGCAAGAAGGCCCUACCACCUGGAAUCUCGGACCACGACGGCCAUGUCCUGACCAAGGUCAAGAGACGAGCCUACCGUCUAGACAUGGCUCUGUUCGAAUUUGCCGGUAUCAGGUUUGGCUGGGGUAGUGUUAUCGGAUUGGUUCCAGCUGUCGGCGACGUCUUUGACACGCUACUGGCCCUUAUGGUGCUCAGGACGUGCAUGCAGAUUGAGGGCGGUCUUCCCUCAGGCCUCAGAAUCAGGAUGAUGAUGAACAUCAUUUUCGACUUUGUCAUCGGCCUUGUUCCCUUUGUGGGCGACCUCAUAGACGCUGGGUUCCGAGCCAACACGCGCAACGCCAUCCUUCUCGAGUCGCACCUUCGCGAGGAAGGAGUGAAGAACCUCAAGAAGGCCGGGCAGCCCAUCCCCGCCACGGAUCCGAGCGACCCGGCUGAAUACGACCGAACACGCGGUGACGCCUCUCCACCCGGGUACAGCUCGCAGGCACCCUCCCGUCAGUCGUCGAGGAGGUCGCAACAGCCGACCGAGCCUCCUCGCGCCGAGGUGCGCGAGGGCAGCGGCCGGAAGAAGUCACGUGUUCCAGAUCUUGAGAUGGGGCAGUCAGAGGAGAAUACUGGACGUUCAAGCAGGCGCAAUGGACGCUUCUGA